AUGCUGGUCCACUACGAAAUUUUAAUCUAUUUUCUACCCCUCCUAGGUGGGGCAUUGGCCCAGGGCCAAGUGGUCAUCGACCCUGGCCUAAUGCCAGCUCGUCAACCUAUUCAAAAUAUUCUUGGAGGAGUUUAUUCGAAUAAUAUUACGCUAUUCUUUCGAAACUCACCCUAUAGGGUUACCAGCGAUUUGACUGUAGAAUUUGGCGCCACUUUGACGAUUGAGACCGGUGUGCAGAUCUAUUUUGACACUGGCGUUGGCCUCAAGGUCAAGGGAACCCUUCGAGCCAUAGUGAGUUGCUAUUUUUUGUAG